GAAAUAUUCCAUUCUUUUCCGCGCGGAAAGUCAGUCUCUUGCUCUCCGCUGCUCUCUUCCACAUUCUAAUCAGUCUCGAUCCUCCUCCUCCAGCCUUCAGCCUACCCUCCUUCCUCAUUCGCUCUGUGGCUCUGUCGGCUAUCGCAGACUCGCAGCGACGCAAGUCAAGCAGUUGCUCUUGCAGAGUUGCAGUCGGCAGUCGCAAAUUGCUCCGGGCUCCAUCGCGGCACCGGCCCGGCGGCGCACCUCCAUCAGUCCAUCCCUCAGGGAUCUGCGCCUCCAGCCCUCCACUCCUUCGUCCUGCUUUUAUCAUUGGAGAAAUAGAGGUAUUUAUUUCCUCAAUUCUCUCCCAUAAACAAAUUGUUACCUUACGAGUAGAUUACACUUAGUUGGUGAAAAAGAUGAGGAGAAAAGAAGAGAUCCAGUUCACCAAACAACCUUACAUUGAGGAUGUGGGUCCCCGCAAAAUAAAAAGUUUCAAGUUUUCAACUUUCUCCAGUUCUGAAAUCAUGAAAUCAGCAGUGGUUGAAGUCUAUCGCGGAGUUUAUUAUGAUCAAUUCCACAAACCUCAUCCCAAUGGCCUAUUGGAUCCCCACAUGGGGCCUCCAAACAAGGAAAAGACUUGUGAGACGUGCGGCGGAAAGUUCACAGAUUGUCCUGGUCACUAUGGAUUCUUGAAACUUGCAUUACCAGUUUACAAUAUUGGAUUUUUGCCGAUCAUUUAUACCAUUUUGAAGUGUAUUUGCAAGGGUUGUUCUCGUAUUCUUCUCCGAGAAGAUGAUCGCCGAGACUUUCUAAGAAAGAUGAGAAGUACAAAGUUGGAUCAUUUGAAGAAGAAUGAGGUGCUAAAUAAAGUUAAGACGAAGUGCAACGCCAUGACAAACAGUAGCAAGACCAUGUUAUGUUCCAGAUGUGGAUGCAUCAAUGGAAUGGUAAAAAAGGCAGCUAUGAAGAUCAUUCAUGAUUAUGGAAGCCAGUUGUCAGAUGAGUGCCUUAAUGCUCUUGCUGGCAAGAAGGAUGUCAAGGGAUCAAUUAAUGUACCCCCAGAACUUGAUUCAAAGACAGUUUACUCCCUCUUCACGAGAAUGACGGAUGAGGACUGCGAGUUGCUUUAUCUCCCUGACAGGCCAGAAAAGUUUCUUGUUACCUGUAUCCCUGUGCCACCAAUGGCAAUCCGCCCUUCUGUCUUUGUGGAUGGUGGAGUAGACAGUAAUGAGAAUGACAUCACAGAGAGGCUGAGACGCAUUGUCCAAGCAAAUGCAAGUCUUCAACAAGAAAUAUCUGAUGCAAGCCAUCCUAGCAAAAGUCUGGCUAGCUGGGUUGAUUUGCAAAUGGAAGUUGCACAGUACAUAAACAGUGAGGUACGUGGAGUGCCACCACAAAUGCUAACUCAAAAGCCACUAAGUGGCUUUGUUCAACGUUUGAAAGGAAAGCAUGGCCGUUUUCGUGGAAAUCUCUCUGGCAAACGUGUUGAAUAUACCGGCCGUACUGUUAUUUCGCCUGAUCCAAAUCUUAAAAUUACUGAGCUUGCAAUUCCCAUCUUCAUGGCUCAAAUCUUAACAUUUCCUGAGCUUGUCUCACAACACAACAUAGAAAAGUUACGACAAUGUGUUCGUAAUGGGCCAAACAAAUACCCUGGGGCAAUGUACAUCAAGUAUCCUGAUGGUACAGAGAUCUCGUUAAAGUACAGUAGAAAGCGUCAUGCUGAUGACUUGAAGUAUGGUUACACAGUUGUCCGCCAUUUGGAAGAUGGAGAUGCUGUUCUAUUCAACAGACAGCCAAGUCUUCAUCGGAUGUCUAUUAUGUGCCAUCGGGCAAGGAUAAUGCCAUGGCGCACAUUGAGAUUUAAUGAAUCUGUUUGCAAUCCCUACAAUGCUGAUUUUGACGGUGAUGAGAUGAAUAUCCAUGUUCCGCAAACGGUAGAGGCCCGCACUGAGGCACUCAUGUUAAUGGGGGUCCAAAAAAAUUUAUGCACUCCAAAGAGUGGUGAAAUCUUGGUGGCCUCUACCCAAGAUUUUCUAACAUCUUCCUUCCUCAUUACAAGGAAGGAUACUUUUUAUGACCGUGCUUCUUUUUCACUUGUUUGUGCUUACAUGGGUGAUGGGAUGGAUCACAUUGAUUUGCCAACUCCAGCAAUAAUUAAGCCAAUUGAGCUUUGGAGCGGAAAACAGUUAUUUAGUGUGCUAGUGCGUCCAGAUAGAAAAAUGAGGGUGUACUUAAACCUUACUCUAAAGGAGAAAACUUACCAUAAAAAGGAUCAAGAAACAAUGUGUCCAAAUGAUGGCUUUGUUUACUUUCGGAACAGUGAGCUGAUAAGCGGGCAACUUGGGAAGGCCACAUUAGGAAACGGAAACAAGGAUGGUCUUUAUUCUGUGCUGCUGAGAGACUACAACACACAUGGUGCUGCUACUUGUAUGAACAGGCUCGCCAAGUUGAGUGCUCGUUGGAUCGGAAAUCAUGGAUUUUCAAUUGGGAUUGAUGAUGUUCAACCAGGAAAUGAGUUAGCUGCAAAGAAGAGAAUGGAAAUAGAGAAUGGGUAUGGGCUAUGUGAAAAUUAUAUAGCUUUAUAUAACAAGGGGGAACUAAAGCUACUACCUGGUUGUGAUGCCGCACAGACGCUUGAAACUGAAAUUACGCGCGAACUGAACAGUAUUCGAGAGAAAACUGGCCAAGUGUGCACUAAUUCACUACCCUGGAGGAAUAGUCCUUUAAUUAUGUCACAUUGUGGUUCAAAAGGAUCAGUAAUCAAUAUUAGUCAGAUGAUCGCAUGUGUUGGACAGCAAUCUGUUGGCGGUCGCCGUGCUCCUGAUGGAUUCAUAGAUCGGAGUCUUCCCCAUUUUCCUAUAAAAUCAAAAUUUCCUGCGGCUAAAGGAUUCGUUGCCAGUUCGUUUUAUGAUGGUUUAACACCUACAGAGUUUUUUUUUCCACACUAUGGGUGGAAGAGAAGGCCUUGUAGACACUGCGGUUAAAACUGCUGACACAGGGUAUAUGUCUCGUAGGCUCAUGAAAGCUCUGGAGGACCUUUCUGUUAUGUAUGACAGAACUGUCCGAAAUGCAAGUUCAUGCAUUGUGCAGUUUGUGUAUGGUGAUGAUGGCAUGGACCCUGCACAGAUGGAAGAGAAAAAAGGGCAUCCUCUGAACUUUAAUAGACUACUUAUGAAAGUUAAGGCAACAUGUCCUCCUGGAGAGGAAAAGAGUAUGUCAUCAUCAGAAGUCAAACAGGUGGUGCAUAAAAGACUUUCAGAAUAUGAUAUGACACCAGAAGGGGGGUGCUCAAAGGCCUUCUGUAAAUCAUUAGAAGCUUUUCUAGAAGAAAAAUGUGUAAGAAGCUUAGAGAAAACACUGGAAGAUCUAAAACUUCACGAGGAUAAUCACGCAGGGGAGGAUUGUUGCGAAGCUCUGGAGAGUAUCACGUUGAAUAUAUCAGGUGUUACUAGAAAGCAACUACAGGUUUUUCUUGACACUUGCAUCACUCGUUAUCAUGAUAAGAAAAUAGAAGAGGGAACUUCAAUUGGUGCCAUAGGAGCUCAGAGUAUUGGAGAACCAGGGACGCAGAUGACACUAAAAACUUUCCACUUUGCUGGAGUUGCUAGCAUGAAUGUUACACUUGGAGUUCCUCGCAUAAAAGAAAUUAUCAAUGCUUCCAAAAAGAUUAGCACUCCUAUAAUUAAUGCCAAACUUACAUGUGAUGAUAAACCAGAGGUUGCAAGAAUGGUAAAAGGACGUGUGGAGAAAACACUUCUAGGUCAGGUAUCCAAGAGCAUUAAGACAGUAAUGUCUUCCAGAUUAGCAUCCAUAAUUAUAGUGCUUGAUAUGGAAGUAAUCCAAGCUUCUUUUCUUUCUAUUGAUGCCUAUACUGUCAAAGAAUCAAUUAUGCAGACUUCAAAACUUAAGUUGAAGGAGCAGCAUAUCAAGGUUUUGGAUUCCAGAAAGGUGCAAGUCACCCCUGACACUAGUCAAAGUGAACUUCAUUAUGAACUUCACCGUCUCAAAAAUAAGCUUCCUUCAGUAGUUGUUAAGGGUAUCAACACAGUUGAACGUGCUGUAAUCAACAAAAAUGAGGAAGGAAAGUAUGAGGUGCUGGCUGAAGGGACUGGUCUUCAAACUGUUCUGGGCACAGUCGGAGUUGAUGGACAAAAAACUAGAAGUAAUCACAUCAUGGAAGUGAAUCAAGUUCUAGGAAUUGAAGCUGCAAGAGGUUGUAUAAUUGAAGAGAUUAAUGGAACUAUGCAGAGCCACGGGAUGACUAUAGACUUACGUCACAUGAUGCUUCUAGCUGAUCUGAUGACAUUUAAGGGUGAAAUACUAGGUUAUACUAGAUUUGGUAUUCAGAAGAUGAAAGAUAGUGUAUUGACAUUAGCCUCUUUUGAGAAGACUUCUGACCACCUUUUCAAUGCUUCUAUAACUGGGCGAGAGGACAAAAUUGAAGGAGUCAGUGAAUGCAUCAUCAUGGGUAUACCAAUGCAGAUGGGAACCGGGAUGUUUAAAAUUAGGCAAAGCACUUCUAAGCAGGUCGAGCUGAAUUAUGGACCAGAACCAAUUGUGACUUGAGUGAUUACUACUACCACUAGCUUUCACAGUUUUGCCCAGAAGUAAAAUCAGUUGCUAUGUAAUGCGUGCAACUAGCUGCCGUGUUUACUUGAAUUUUGUGGUGGAGCAAUCUCUAAUUUUCAGAACAUGAAUGCUGGCAACAAUCAACGAUGCAAUUUUUAUGAGUGAACUUUUUAUUUUUAUCAUAUGUGCAACGUUUGGAAUCUUGGGAUAAUGCUGAAUCUAAGUAUGUAAUGCUCUGAUUCUAGAAUAGGGUUUUUACAUAGAUUAGGAAAAAUGGAAAUACCAGGGAUAAUGAGGAGUUAAAUAUUAAAAAGGGGG